UGCCCGGGAGCGGGAGGCGCUGGCCGGGGGGGUCUGUGCCCGGGGGCGGGAGGCUCUGUGCCCGGGGCGGGAGGCGCUGGCCGGGGGGGGUCUGUGCCCGGGGCG